AUGCUGGGAAGGACACUGCGAAGGUACAGCUCUCUGAAGAGCCUCCCCAAGGAAAUACUAAACCAGCCAAUCACUCGAGUGAGCCAAUUGCCAAACAAGCUGAAGAUAGCCACGGUUAGAAGCACGUGCGAAGUUCCAACCAUAGGAAUCUGGAUCAGCAGUGGGAGUAAGUAUGAAAAUAAGGAGAACAAUGGGGUAGCUCACUUCCUGGAACAUAUGAUAUUUAAAGGGACGAACAAGAGAAGCCGAAUCCAAUUGGAGAAAGAAAUUGAAAAUAUGGGAGCACAUCUGAAUGCAUACACAGCUAGGGAACAGACGAGUUACUAUUGUCGAUGUUUUAAGGAUGACAUAAAGUGGUGCGUAGAACUGUUAAGUGAUAUCCUCUCUAACAGUAUCUUCGAUGAAAAUCUAAUCGACAUGGAAAAGCAUGUCAUUCUGAGAGAAAUGGAAGAAGUGGAGAAGUCCAAAGAUGAAGUCAUCUUCGACAAGUUACACAUGACUGCAUUUCGGGAUCAUCCUCUCGGCUACACAAUUUUAGGACCCGUAGAAAACAUAAAAAAUAUGAACCGACAGAGCAUUAUAAACUACAUCAAUACGAAUUACACUUCCGACAGGAUGGUUCUCUGUGCAGUGGGGGAUGUCGAUCAUGAGGAGAUUGUAAAAUUAGCCGAGCAGCACUUCAGCCAUUUAAAGCCGCAAUCUCCCAACAUCGGUUCUGCAUCUGAAAUAGAUACUGUAAAACCGUACUUUUGUGGGUCCGAAAUUAUCAUGAGAGAUGAUGAUUCAGGACCUAGUGCACAUGUCGCUGUGGCAUUUGAAGGAGUGGAUUGGAAGUCCCCCGAUUCUAUUACCUUCAUGUUAAUGCAGUGCAUCAUUGGGACGUACAAGAAGAGUGAAGAAGGCAUCCUACCAGGAAAGCUCUCCGGCAAUCGAACCAUCAACAAUAUCUGCAAUAAAAUGACCGUCGGGUGUGCUGACUACUUUUCUGCAUUUAACACCUGCUACAACAAUACAGGAUUGUUUGGGUUCUACGUCCAAUGUGAUGAGGUAGCCGUGGAGCACGCCUUGGGAGAACUCAUGUUCGGAGUCACUUCCCUGAGUUAUAGCAUCACCGAUGAAGAAGUCGAGAUAGCCAAAAUACAAUUAAAGACACAACUUAUUAAUAUGUUUGAAUCGUCAUCCACCCUGGCAGAAGAAAUCUCCAGACAGAUUCUCGUGUACGGACGAAACAUCUCCCUAGCGGAGUUUCUACUUAGACUUGACAAAAUCGACACGGAGGAAGUCAAACGGGUCGCCUGGAAAUAUCUGCACGACCGGGACGUAGCCGUUGCCGCCAUGGGCGCUCUCCACGGCAUGCCGCAGUACUACGACCUCAGACAGAAGACCUUCUGGCUCAGGUACUAG